AUGGAUCGGGGUGAACAGGUGAAGGACAUCCAAGAAGCCGCGCAGAAGACGCGAGAAGAUCACCUACGGGCCCAAGAAGAACGACGCCAGUUGGUUCAACGAGGCAGUCGUGAUGCCAAAAUGAAGACGCAGCUGGACCUGGCCUGCAAACGUGCGAAGAAGGUCAAGACAGUGGACCUUUGCUUUGUGGUGGACUUGACUGCCUCCAUGCAAUUUUGGUUGCAAAGCUUGAUUGAAAAGAUGGAAGAUAUCAUUCAAGACAACCUGCAACGCAUGGGUGACUUUGCACGGGUGAGAGUGGCCUUUGUUGGCUACAGGGAUUAUGAUGAUGACAGUCGUUAUGUGGUUCAUGCCUUCACCACAGACGUGAGUCAAAUUAAGAGCUUCAUGAAGGGCUUGGAGGCUGACGGUGGUGGUGACCAGUGCGAGGAUGUGUUGACUGGCUUGGAGGAGGCGGUGAAGUUGGAGUGGGCAUCCACUGCCAGGGUCUUGUACUUGCUGAGCCAGACUCCUCAUCAUGGUUGGAGGUUUCAACAAGACUUCGAGGUUAGCGCAGAUCCAGAGGCCAUCCAGAAUGCUGUGAAUAGUUUCGCAGGAGUAGUUGACCCAGCCCGAGCUCAGAAGUGGUUGAGCACGCGGCUCUAUGACCUGUAUCCGGAAGAUCCACGACAGUGGGGGCCCAUGGAUUCGGCUCUUCAGGAACUCCAGAACAAGUACAUCCAGCUGGUGGUUUUGCGGCUAUCGCCAGCUUCAACGAUUGACAAGAUGAUUCAGGUCUUCAGGCGGCAGUACCAGACGGGACCAGAGGCCUUGAAAUUGCAAGUUGUUGAUGCCCAGGAAAAUGCCAAGCAGCUGCGCUGCAUAGUGUCCUCUGCCUCAGUGGCAUCAUAUGGGAGUUCCGUCUCGAAAAUGAGCCAAGCAAAGGCCAUCCAUGGCCGGCGCUUGAACCUGGAGAUGGAUAAAACUCCUCCCAAGUGGGAUCAUGCAGGCCAAUGGCAAUCUGUCGAUGCCCAGCUCUACACCUACUUCUUCGAGGAUUUGGAUGAACCCCUGCAGAACACCCGCAAGCCCUUCCGCGCCCUGGUUUCCCCCAUGCCCUUUGACAAAGGUGCCAUGAGAUUUGCCUUCUAUGUGGUGGACCAGGAGAACCUUGACAGGAAGUACGUGGGCAAGGUCUACCAGUUCCAAGACCCGGUGUUUCAACAGAAGUCCACUUAUGAAGGUGACAUGGCGUCGCAAGCAGUAGCCUCCUACUUGGCCAAGGAAUUCAGUCUCAGGUACCCAGAGAGACCCAUCGAAUUCGUGCCCGCCCAGCUGUUGGACUUGGGGGAUGUCAGUGGGUUUCCUUUCCGUUUCAUGGCAAUUGAGCCUUGGAUCCCUGGGAAACAUGAGAAAUAUACCUCCAAUGCUGGGCACAUUGCCAAAGAUUCCGAUGUGGCGCAAGCUUACAGCCACUACACCUGGCAAACCACCGAUGGCGACAUUAUGGUGGUUGACAUUCAAGGAGUUGGGAACACCCUCACAGAUCCACAGAUCCAUUCGUUGGACACGAACCGCUUUGGACGUGGCAAUUUGUCUUCCAAGGGCAUGGAUGCCUUCUUCCUGAACCAUGUCUGCAACGAGAUAUGCCACACUUUAAAGCUUGAGGCCCACCCACUUCAGCCAGGGUCACUUCACCAAGAAGAACUUGCUCACCAUCUUGGCUCGAUUGGGGAGGAGGUCCCGAGUGAUGAGAUUGUUGAGGGCCCAGAGCUUCAGGUCGAUUGGAUGCCAAUGUCCGGUUCCAAACUGAGCGCUUUUCUGGAUGCUGUGAGAAAAGAUGCUGAAGAUUUGGUUGGCCAAGCGCCCAUCUUUUCUUGGAUGGAGUCAGAGUCUGACAAGUGUCCUUGUCUUGGAGGCGCCGUUCUUCGCUGGAAUAAUUGCCCAGAAAUUGUGGAGGUCAGGAAAGGUUCUCCGGCGGAAAAAGCUGGGUGUCAACCUGGUGUGGCUUUGAAACUUGUGGGUGGCACGUCCGUGGGGAAGAUGUCGAAGAAGGAAACCUUACGGCUUCUGGCCGCAGAAAACAACAUGAUGGUUGGCAUGGCGACUCAGCGAAGACUCAAAGGAAUGAUUGAUGAAAGGAGGGAGGAAGAGAGUGAUGGAGGCUUAGAACGUUUGAUGCAUUUGAUGGCCUUGAAGCAGUUGGAAGACACGUUUGAUGGGCUUCUGAAAGGGUCAGAUGGACUUUCGCGGCUUCUAUCAAAAGGCAGUCGUUUGAAAGCUUUGAGAGAGUUGUUUGAGGACUCUUCUGAGACUCAUGACAUGUCAUUGAAGAGACACCUGUUCUUGGAAGCAGUCCGCGCCGAUGCUGCUAAGAGAGCUCACACGCCAGACGCAGCCGAGAGCUGGGAUGAACAACAUGCUGUGGCUUCUGAUACUUUGGGUGGAGCCGUCUUUGCAUGGACUUCCCCACCUCAAGUGACCGCGAUUGUCUCUGCAUCUCCUGCGGAUGGGGUUGUGUCUGAAGGUGACGCACUUCAUGAAAUUGACGGCGAGAAUGUCGAGACACUUCCUCGUGAAGAGAUUUUGCGCAAGUUGCAGGAUUGUGGUCGUGGCAUUUGUAUGAGGGGGUCAAGGAAGCUGCAAAAAACACGCCCGGUUCGGUUCGAUGGCCACAGUGGUUUGCAGACAGGCGCCCUGGGGUCGAUGACUGUGCUAUGGUCUGAUCCACCUGUCAUUCUUGGCCGAGAACCUCGACCCGAAGUGCUUCUGUCCAUUGACGGCAAAAAGGUUGCUGGCAUGUCCACAGAAAACAUCAUGGCGGAGCUUGACGCAUCUCCGGUGGGUCAGUGUGAGUGCUUUUCCGUGUUCAAGCUUUACGUCCUUCGCGAUAUGCCCGGCCACAAAGAGUUUCAGGACCAUAUUCUGCAAGAACAGAAGAUGCCCAUUCACUUUGGCUUUCAGUGCUCAGGAUGCGGCAGCGAACCAUUGAUCGGAGCACGCUUCACUUGCAAAGAUUGCGCUGUCCAUUUCUGUGGUGCUUGCUUCAAGGGGCGAGCCCAUGCCCACCCGGCCGGCCAUCAGUUCACGACCCAAGACUUUCCAUGGACACCUGCUACCAAUGCGCCUGCUGCUCCAAAGAUCAAUCAAGGUUCCAACGUGGUGGUCAUUGGCACAGGCAAGAAGCAGUUGGAUGGAAAGCUUGGUUUGGUCACUGCUUCGACCUCCACAUCCUCAGAAGCUUCAGCAGCUUGGUCAGUCUUGAUGGAGGGUGAGGCUGAUCACGCAAUGACACUUGAAGCCAAGCAUCUCUUUCUCCGGUCUCAAGAGCAAGAGCCCACAGCCAAACCUGGACAAACGGAACAUCCUGAAUCCCCCGGUGAGCCAUGUGGGCCCAAGGCACCAGCCUCCAAGCCAAACUCCAUUGAUCCCAGCCGCUUCACUUUGGUGCGCAGGCCUUCUUUCCGCGAGCUACGACAAGCUGAAGGACAAGAAGCCUUGGAGCGCUUCAAGUCCCAGGCUCUUGGCAAAGCCAUGAAGAGCCAUUUCCUGUGCAAAGGAAAUUGUGGCACUAUGGUGGAGAAGAACAAUGAGCAGUACAUCAAGGAAGGUCAGCUGGUACUAUGUGAAGAUUGUGCACAGAAGUCCAAAGAGUCAGAGAAGAAGACAACAUGCCAAAAGUGCAAGAAGGAGUUUGUGUACUUCCAGUUCUUUGUGGAUCUUGGAAUUUCUGGUGCGCCAACAACAUGCAAGGAAUGCGAGGAAAGUGCAAGUGAAUGGGCAAUCGUGAGCCCACUUCCACCUGAGCCAUGA